AUGAACGGAACUAAGCAGACUCGCUUCGAUGUCAUUAUCAUCGGCGCAGGCAUCUCCGGCAUCAACGCCGCGUACCGCAUCCAGGACCAACUCCCUGGUUACAGCUAUACCAUUCUCGAGGCCCGCGACGACUUAGGUGGUACCUGGGAUCUUUUCAAGUAUCCGGGAAUCCGCUCUGAUUCCGAUCUCUUCACCUUCGGCUUCCAGUUUAAUCCCUGGUCUCGCGCGAACCCGAUUGCCGAGGGCGGCGCCAUCAAAGAGUACAUGCGUGAGACAGCGGCCAAAUAUGGCAUCGACCAACAUAUUCUCUACAAUCACCGUCUGUCAUUGGCGGACUGGUCCUCCGACGACAACGCCUGGUCGCUGGCUGUCAACUCCAACGGCACCGACCAGACCUUCACCGCCCGCUACGUCAUCUUUGGGACGGGCUACUACAACUACGAGGAACCCCUGAAGGCCGACAUCCCCGGUCUGGAGAACUUCCAGGGCCAGAUCGUGCAUCCGCAGCUCUGGCCUGAAGAUCUCCAAUAUAAGAAUAAAAAGAUCGUCAUCAUCGGCUCCGGCGCUACAGCUGUCACUCUCCUUCCCACUCUCGCUCAGGAUGCCACCCGUGUCACAAUGCUACAGCGCAGCCCUACCUACAUCGCCUCCGUUCCCAAUCAUACAAGCACCUACUGGCUCUCCUAUAUCCUGCCCAAGGCGCUGUAUGAUAAGCUGCAACUCCUGAUUUGGGUCUACAGCACGCGCAUGAUCUUCCUCUUCUGCCAGCGUUUCCCGAAUUUCUCCCGUUGGCUGCUCAAGUUGACUCUGCGCAACCAGUUGCCCAGUCAUAUUCCAUAUGACCCACACUUCAAGCCUAGGUACAAUCCUUGGGACCAGCGGUUAUGUGUCUGUCCCGAUGGCGAUUUCUUCCGCUGUCUCCGACAGGGCAAAGGCGACGUGAAGACCGACACGAUCCGCCAGGUUACGAAGAAUGGGCUUAUCUUGAAUUCUGGCGACCAGCUGGAAGCUGAUAUCAUUAUCACUGCUACUGGACUGAAGUUGCAGAUCGCGGGUGGCGCUGCACUGUCAGUUGACGGGAAGAAGAUCGACGCAGGUGACAAGUAUAUGUGGAACGGAGUCAUGCUUCAGGAUCUGCCUAAUGCAGCCUUCGUCAUUGGGUAUACCAAUGCGUCGUGGACGCUAGGUGCAGAUGCUACAGCGCAAUUUGUCUGCCGUUUAUUGAAGAAACUUGAGUCACAGAAAUUGAUUGCUGCCGUCCCCCGCUUGAGGGAGAAAGAGGCAGCUACUCUUCAGGAUCGUCGCCUGUUGAAUCUUAAAUCGACCUAUGUCGCUACUGCCGAACACGCCUUGCCUAGGGCUGCUGAUCGCGGUCCCUGGAAACCGCGUGAUUUCUAUAUGAAGGAUAUGAAAUUUGCGUUGGGCGGUGAUAUUGAUACCGGUCUAGAGUUUGUGCAAGGACCGGAUCUGCACCUACGUGCCAAGAUGUCAUGA